AUGGAUCGUAAUCAUGCGGCCAGAAACAGCGCACCCCUUCCCUUAUCUGCAGCACAUAUCCUUCUUCCUUCUCCAUCGCUCAGCUCCCCUGCCCCAUCCCCACAACUCCGUUCCCUGUCCUGCACCACCAGCGCCGCCGCAACUCCGGUCCCUGUCCCGCACCACUGCCUUCGCUGCUGUGACCCUCCUCCUCCUCCUCCUCCUCCUCCCCCCACCCCCUCGCCCUCAAUCUCCCUCCUCCCUUUUCCUUUCUCUGAUGGCCCACGGCUCGCCCUGAAUCCCGUGAUCCCCGACGACCAUCUCUCAUCGGAGAUGGACACGACGACAGGGGGAGCCCUGCGAUGCCGGAACCAGCAUCUAUUUUUGCUGCAACCUGCCGGCCAAAACGCUGGAACCGGGCCAGCUCAGAAGCUAAAAACGGACGAGACUAGAUGCUACGAGUGGCGAGGUGGAUCUCAGUGA